UCUUAUAUUCUCUCUUUUCAUUUGAGUAUAUUUCACAAUCCACUCGCCAAAUUCCUCUGCUUCCCUUUCCAAUUUUACCCUCCUCCUCCUCCACCACCGCCGUCUGCCGCGGUCGCCGCCGUCGCUAAUCCUAACCGUGUACCACUAACCUCUAUGUAUUACAAGAAGUUCCGGUUCCUAGGGUUUCUGUUCAGCUCUGUGUUAAUCAUUGCCGCAGGUUAAAUUUGAUUGGAAUAGACAAGAAUCAAUGCUAGUAAUUGUAUGUGCUCUACUGGUUCUCGGCCUCGUAGCCCGCUAUAAGUGGAGGAAUGGGGCUGCGAAGAAGGAGGAGAUUUUGAGGUUGGUGGCUGUGGCAUCGCGAGAAGAGGCGGAAACUGCUAAGCUUCAGGCCUUUGAAGAGUAUAACUCGCCUAUGCAGCCGCUGCCGCAGCUUGAAAAGCAGUAUUACUGUGCUGUUUGUCGUUGCCCCACCACUACUAGGUGCUCUCGGUGUAAAGCUGUUAGAUACUGUUCUGGUAAGUGCCAAAUAAUUCAUUGGAGACAAGGUCAUAAGGAUGACUGUCGGCCAUCAAUUGCAUUGGAUGCUAGCAAGAAAAGUCAGAGUGUGGUGGAAACAUCUUCAGAAAAUCAUGCUGAGAUGCAUUUGAAUGAUGAAGGUAAAAUUCAUUCUGAUCCCAGUCAAGAACUUGAUGAUUUGGGAUCUUCAAGUAGCGCAACCUCUUGCUUCUUUUCUUCCACUGAACAAAGUGAAACAUCCUCUGAUGCUUCUAUCAGUGAGGUGGUUGAGUCAGGAACUUCUAUCAGCCCAGAUAAAGCACCCUCUGUUGGUAUUGAUUCUGGUAUAGCACAAAUGAUCUCUGAUUCUGACGAUGCCGAUGUACCAAGACCAUUCCCCCCUGUUUAUUCUGUAAAUAACCCACCCUGCAGUAACAAGAUUCAAAAGAUGCUAGCUCCUAAACCUGAUGAAAGCGUCACGUCAACCAGCUCUAAAGAUAAACAGGAUGGAGAAGCUGCUGUAGUGAAAGAGUUUGUACUCCAUGCAAUUGAGUUGAGGAAUUCACAAUCUCCUACUUCUGUAAGAACAUCUUCAGAUGAAGAUUGGAAAAAUCAACCACAGCCGUCUACUAGUAAAGUAGAAACAUCAGUGUCUCGUAGGGCUUCAGGCAAUCAUCGACUGUCGAAUGUAGAACUGAGCUCAGAAUGCUCAAAAUCUUUGACGAUGCUGUCUAUGAAUGAAUGUUGGAAAAAUAAAUCUCAAACAUGCAAUGGUAAAGGAACAAGAUCAACAACAUCUAGGAGUUCUGGAAAUUGUCAGGAGCUUCCAACAAAAGUUGAUAGUACUCAUGCUAUUUCUUCAGAUGGAGGUGUUCGAAUUCUAUCAGAAUCUACUGGCAAAAGUCUGAAAACAUCAGUACGGAAAUUUGUACAACAUUUUAGAGCACCAAAGCAGCCUAACUCAUUCACAUUUGAUAUGGUGGACAAUUAUGACGGAAAUUAUAAUCAUAAGGUUAUAUUUCCGUUUAAGCUUUUCAUCCAAUUGUAUGCUUGUGAUGAUGUGGAACUUCAUCCAUUUGGCCUUCUCAACUGUGGAAAUAGCUGUUAUGCCAAUGCUGUGCUGCAGUGUCUGACUUUUACCCGGCCAAUUUCUUCUUAUCUUCUCCAAGGGUUGCACUCAAAAACAUGUCGGAAAAGGGAUUGGUGCUUUAUCUGCAAGUUUGAACAUCUGAUUCAGAAGGGACAAGAAAUGAAUUCUCCUUUAUCUCCAGUUGGACUACUUUCUCAAAUACAGCCGAUUGGAAGAGAAGAAGAUGCGCAUGAGUUUUUGAGAAACGUUGUAGACAAGAUGCAAUCUGUAUGUCUUGAGGAAGCUGGUGUUUCAGGUUCAUUGGCUGAGGAUUCAACCCUUAUCGGCCUGACUUUUGGUGGUUUUCUUCGAUCCAAGAUUCAGUGCAUGAAGUGUUUAGGAAGAUCUGAACGAUGUGACCGAAUGAUGGAUCUUACUGUUGAAAUUGACGGGAAUAUAUAUACACUUGAAGAGGCUCUUAAACAGUUCACAACCUCUGAAACACUUGGUGGAGAUGAUAAGUAUAAGUGCAGCAGAUGCAAAUCUUAUGAGAAAGCUAAGAAGAAAUUGACUGUACUUGAAGCUCCUAAUAUUCUUACAAUUGUUCUGAAGCGAUUUCGGUCAGGCAACUUAGAAAAGCUGAAUAAGAUAGUUCAGUUUCCUGAGGUUCUGAACCUUGCUCCUUAUAUGAGUGGGAUGAACGACAAAUACCCUGUAUAUGAUCUCUAUGCCGUGGUGGUUCACUUGGGUGCAAUGAAUGCUGCUUACAGUGGUCACUAUGUUAGUUAUGUCAAAGAUUUCCAAGGAGAUUGGUUUCGAAUUGAUGACAGCAGGGUAAGCCGUGUGGACCUGGAGACUGUCUUAUCUGUAGAAGCAUACAUUCUCUUCUAUGCAAGGCAAACUCCGCGAGGAGCAUUUUUUGUUAGGAACAGCAGUGUGUAUUUCGAUGGGAAAAUUACGAGAAACAUGGAAGCCAUUUCUUCGAGUAAUGGGGCCAAGAAGAAAAAUUCAAAGACAAAACCAACCUCCUCUCCUCGGAAUACCGGGAGCACCAUUACGCGUCAAGGAUCUGAUAAGCACUAUGAUUGGACGUCUCGCAACCAUGUGGUGGAUGCUGAGAGUUUGGAAUUUCACUCAAAGCAUAGAAAUCCUAUAGUGGAUUCAUCAAGCGACAGUUCUUCCAUUUUCAGUGCAUCAGAUGCUGGCUCAUACAGCACAGAUAGCACCAAGGACUCUAGUGCAGAGGACAUAUCUGGCUAUUUAUUCGGGUCUAGUUGGCACCACCCAUGACAUCUGUUCUUGACCUCAGACAUCUCUUUGAUGUUGUCAUAUUCAAGUACCUUGCAAAUAGAGAAGAAAACUGCUACUGAUGACCAUCAUGGUGUAUAAAUCCCAGCUUUUGGUUUGAGGCCAUCAGAAAUUAAAUCGGGGUUCACGGAGGAGGAUUGGUAACAGUUGAACCUCAUGGAUCUUUUUUGAAUCUUCAGGGGAACGUAUGGAACAGGAUAAGGUACUUCCCAUGUAUACUAAGACUGCUUAAAAGUAGUUAACUUUAGCCACUUUAGAGGUAGAUAAGAGCACAGCACAUUCUACUAACUUUGGAUAUCAUUAUGUUCGCCGUAAAGGGGAACAGCCAGCGAGAGCAACUCAAACAAUUUUUUUGGCGUUUGAGUUGUGGGUAAGUUGCAGAUUGUACAUCAUUCGAAGCAAUUUGUAUUUCAGCAACUGGUCAUAAUUGCCUAAUAUCUAUAAAAGCCCUCGGGCCCCUUUUUCCGAUC